UGAUUAUGAUUCAAGAAAUAUUACAGAAGGAGUCAUUGCUGGAGUUAAUAUUUUAGUUGCAGCGGGAGCAAAAUCUAUUGAUGUAGGCAUUACAGAACUUGAUGAGUUUGCACCUACAGAAGAUAAUCCUUUACAAGAUCCAAAGUUGAAAUCAUUUAUUGAAAACAUCAGAAAAAUUGGAAUAAAGAAUUGUAAUAUUGGAAGUGCACAUCAAAUGGGAACUUGUCGAAUGGGAAGUGAUUCUUCAACUUCAGUUGUAAAUCCAAGGGGUAAAACUUGGGAAAUUGAUAAUCUUUAUGUGGCUGAUGCAAGUGUGUUUCCUUCUUCAGUGGGUGUAAAUCCUAUG